AUGCCCAGUCAGCGCUAUCGAUUGGCCGAUCCGGAACACGAUCCUACCACAAUAGCUCCCUUGAGCCUGUCCAAUGGUGGGUACGAGCAAGGCGAUGGUGGCUUGCACAAGACCGGAUUCUUCGAAGUCGCUCCCCGAAGGCUGCGCAAACUAACCAAGCCCUCUUGUAGUAGAGUGGUCACAUUGUCACGCUCGACGCUCAACGCGAUGAUCUCAGAAUCACUCCGUUUGCGCCGUUACAGCCAUGAGCCAACUCACGACAUUAAGACCGAGGCUGCGUCGCGUUUCGAGGCAUGCAUCACGACUUCAUUCGGCUAA